AUGUCAUUCCCGAUGGGGAAGCAGAAGCAGGCGCUGCGGUUGGCCGUGAGCCUGGGCUGCUUCCUGCUGCGCUGCUGCGCUGUUGCGCAGGCACUGAGGCCGCGGGAGCCAGGCGCAGCAGGCAGGGUGAGUGUGAGCAGGGUGAUUGCGGGCAGGAUGAGUGCGAGCAGAGUGGGUCGCAGGCAGGGUGAUCGUGAGCAGGUGAGAAGAAUGGGCUCUGUGUCGGAGGAGCUCAGCCUGGUCCCCCUGCACCAGAGGCCAGAGCUGCUGGAGGCCUGCGCCGAGCUGCUGGGCGAGGAGUGGGGAAAAAGCCGAGCGUCGCGGAUACACACGCUCCAGCGCUCCUCAGACACCUUCCCUGCCUGCCUGCUGCUGCUGCGGAGCCAGGGCCCUUCUGUGGCCCCCACUGCCUGGGAGGGUCCCCACCAGCUUGUGGGCCAUGUCCGGCUCUCCCGUGUGGCUGGCCGGCCCCGUGACCUCUUCUUGGAGAGUGUUGUGGUUCCCCGGGCGCUGCGGGGCCAGGGCUAUGGGCGGCAGCUGAUGGAGGCCACUGAGCGGUGGGCUCGGGCUCGAGGCUUUGGCUGCCUGCACCUCACCACCCACGACAAGCAGCACUUCUAUGCCCACCUGGGUUUUUCCCUGGGUGAGCCAGUGCAGAGUGUGGCCUUCCUGAGCCCUGCCAUAUCCACUGAGGUGCUGCGGCUCUUCUCCACCCCUCCCAGCACUACCACCAUCACCAGGCAAAGGGUGCCCACUGCCCCGCCGCCUGCCCUCCUACCCCCUGCUGCCCCCCCACCCCCACCCCCACCGACUGUGGUCUGGGCAAGGGGAGUUCUGGCUGAGAGCAGCAGACCGAGCCUCCUGGAGACCCCCCACCGUGAUGCCAAAGGGCUGCCCAUCUUCUGGAUGAAGAAGAACAUUUGA